AUGAACGUGAACGACUCCGCUUUGUACCCAGGCAUGACAGAAUACCCAGAGGAACAAGUUGGCAUCACGGACAUGUCCUUCACCGCUGCUCGCAGCUGGGCGUCAAAUCUGUGGCGAACCAUGAUCGACACACGCCACAUCGACCCGGAUACAGGAUUAAGCUUUGCGUCAAUGACAACGACUGAAAAAGAAGCGUGGGUUGAGAAGCAGCAGAAGAUCAUAUAUGGUCGCUUCCCUGAAGACCCAACAUCUCGGGAGCCUCUUUACUGUCUUACAAUGACCUUUAUCGGAACCAUCAUCGCGAAUCUUCGAAUCAUGGUACUCAACCCGUUAGGGACUGGAGUAUCCUUAACCGAGGAACAAAAGCGCCAAACCUUCCAGGGGGCUAUUGAGUGCAUGAUGCAUUCGUACAGAUUACGAACUGACCCUGUGCUGGCAAAUUGGUCAUGGUUGACCAAGUGCUACAAUGAGUGGCAUGCUUUUGCCAUCCUACUAUCUGAACUGUGCAACCAGCCAUUGAGUAGGGACGCCGAUAAGGCCUGGAGAGUCGUAGAACAGAGUGCGGUGCUCCGCUGGGACUCUUCAACGAAGCAUAGUCGACUGCACCAGUGGCGCUCUGUCAUGAAAACCAUCGAGAUAGCUCGAAGACGAAGAAAGAAUGGGAUGAGACGUCGGAAGUCGUCAUUUCUGUCAGCCAAGCAUUCUCACCCUGCUUCAUACAGAGGAGGAGACCCCACCAUUGGAGGGCCGACAAGGGCAGGGGGUCUCUCGACACGGCGGAAUUCCAUCUACACCCAAGGCAACCAAGCCCAGCUUGAGACUUUCUCUGGUACUGGCCCGCAGCUGCAGGAGUUCCAGAGUGCGAUGUCUCAGGCCGACCAGAUGUUGAGGCAGUUGGAAGAAGCUGAGGACAUGUGCGACUUCACUAGCGAAGACGGCAGAUUAUAUUUCGCUGAGAGCUAA